GGAGUUUAGUGCCAAGUGAGAUUUCUAACUGGUUUGACAUUGCAACUUAUCUUAGAUCUUCUACAAAGAUGAUCUCAUCUGGUUAAAGGGUAUUGGCUGCUACACUUGGGACACUCCAGAGAUUCUACAUUGUAAGCAAGCUAUGAACCUGCAGAGCGAGGUAAGUGUACAGUUGACUCAUUUCAUUUUCCAACAGUUUACCCCUGCUCUUCCAUGAGGUUUGUAAUCGAGAACCGGAACUUUUUCAGAAAACCGGUUCUAUUUUUGACACAAUAAUGCAACUGAAUGAUUUUCGGUCAUUUUCGUUGAUUUUGGUUCCCUUAUCGGUUCUCGAACAUGCAUUUUUCACCUUGCUAAAAUAUUAGGACAGUGUUUCCUGCGCUAUCACUCAGAAUUACUGCACGUACUCCAAACAAAUUGCUCUUAUGAGUCUUUUGAAUCUAUACAAAACAUAACUAUGCAAAACACAGCAUUUCCUAUGAAAGACUCUUAUUAGUCGUUGCUUUCUACUGAAUCAAAAGUUUACAGAACUGCAAGUUAAUUAUUUCGUCAUGUCCGACUUGGUAUAGGGAUGCACCAAUGUGUCAGCCGCUGAUAUUUAUUGCCAAUUAUUGACCAAAUUAAAACCAAUGGCAAAUUACUUUUAAGCCUGAAAAUGCUGUUAUGAAAACAAUAGUUAAUUUAUAAUUAAUUAUCAGAAAACUUUGUAAAAACAAUACCUCUUUGUACAUUUAAAAAAAUGUAUUCCUGACCAAAACAGUGAUCUGAUGGCAAAAUAAGUUAAGUGGCAUAUUAUCGGUAACGGCCAAUCGUUUUUUGUUGAAAUCAGUAUCAGUUUUGUCCAAAAUUUUUCAUAACGGUGCAUCCUUAGAAUGAACUAAAAAUUGUUAUGUGUACAAAAUUAUUUUGUCCUCAAAAGUUCUGGAAGAUAAUGGAACCGUUAAGAAACUGGAAUUGUUAAGAUGAAUCAGACUCAGAAAGGAAUCGUUACUUUCCUUACAAUUCUCAUUCCUGCUCUUCUAUCAUCUCUCAUCUUGUCCUCUACUCCUGUGUAAUUUUAUCUUUCAGAAUCUGUACAGAGCUAAAGGAACUGAGCACUUCAAGCAUUUUUCUGUGGUCAAGGACACCCCAGUCUAUGAAACAUGCAAGCAGAGUGCUCAUAACUUGAUCUCUUACAUUUAAUUGAAAAAGAACCUUCUAACUCAUAUGCUUCUUGUCCAGCUCAACUACCACCAUGACUAUGUCAAUGUUAAGGGUAAAAACGCUGCACCUCAUGUGACUGUUGAUACCGAAAGGGCUCGCCAAGCCAACUACAUCCAGAAUGACAACUUCUACAAAGAGCCCAAUAAGAACUUUAUGCCUACCGGCUAUGCUCUACCUUAUGACACUCCACUCAACAGGCAGGCCAAGGUCAACAGCACUGCCACCAACAAUGUUAAAUACAGGGAAGUCUAUGAUCAGAUGAAAGCCAUGAGCUACACUAUGGAUCCUCUAGGCAUCAACUUUGUCACAAUCAACAAGGUCACCAAUGAACGACUGUAUCAUGACAAAUAUGAGAAGGAAAAGGACAAGAUCCAUUCUGAGUAUGACACCCCUGAGUUCAUACAGGUUAAUACCACUCAGCAGGCCAUUAGUGAUAAGAAGUACUACAACUGCAGAGGAACUCUUCUGCCCCAACCCAUCACCCUACAGCUGAUGCACUGCUUCCAUGUCAAUGAGAUCAGCAGCGAUAGGAUCUGCAGUGGCUGAAAGGCAUUGGCUGCUUCAUGGUGGACUCCCCGGAGAUGGUCCGAAUCCGUGAGAUCACCAAGUAUAGGCAAUCAUAUGACGUCAACGCCAAGAAGAACUUUGCCAACUUCAGUGUAGUCCUGGACACACCAGAGUACAAAUGUGUGAGCUUCAGACCCACAUCAGUGAUCUGGUAUACCGCACUGAUGGUCUUAAGUGAAAAGACAAAAUCCACAACACUGUGGAUGGUCUGGAGAUUCAAAGAGCCAAAUGGGUCCAGAAUCUGACCAACAAAGUAAAUCACUGUUAUCUUUCUCACUAUACAAAUGAUAUCAACAGUGGAAUGCUUUGAUUAACUGUUAAAAGAUCAGGAGAGAUUUCACCAAAUUAUAUAUACUCCACUCUGGGAUCAUGCCUGGUCAAUGAAAGUUGUGUAC